AUGUCGACUCGUCAAGCGGCCUUGUCGCUCUAUCGACGUUCCCUCAAGCUCGCUCUCGACUGGGCAGUCCACCGUCAUCUUUGGAGGGGCCAGGCCCUAUACAUCAGAUCUCUCUUCGAAGCAAACCGCGGUGUGACAGAUUCGCGGCAGAAAAGGGAGCUUCUGUCCGAGACGGAGAAGCUACUGGCGAGAUGGAAGCACCCAGAGCCAUACGUGCAUCCCACGGCACCCGGGGGAUCGAAGUAUGAGCGUAACCUCCGUGCCCCUAUUUUGGACCCCCCGCGCCAAUUGAAGUUCUGA